UAAGAAUUGGUAGUAUAGCGAAUCACUGAACAUUGACAGGUUCGUAAUCUGUUCAAGGAUAUUCUGGCUUUGAUGCACCUGUGUUUUAGUCGUUCUUAUUCUUGUUACUUUGCAGACAUCAAAGUGCACAGACACUAUGAGAAAUUUGAGUGGAAGAAAUGUGGAGGAGUUUGUCUUGGUGGGAUUUCCUACCUCUCCACCCUUCCAGCCGCUCCUCUUUGUCUUCUUUUUUGUAAUUUAUCUGUUGACAUUGAUGGAAAACAUACUCAUUGUUUCUACAGUAUGGCUCACCUCAAGCCUUCACCGGCCUAUGUACUUCUUCCUUGGUCAUCUCUCCUUCCUGGAACUAUGGUACAUCAAUGUUACUAUUCCCAGACUCCUGGGAGCCUUUCUUACCCAGGAUGGCAGAGUCUCUUAUGUGGGUUGCAUGACCCAGCUCUACUUCUUUAUUGCUUUAGCCUGCACUGAAUGUGUCCUGUUGGCAGUUAUGGCCUAUGACCGCUACCUGGCCAUCUGUGAGCCCCUUCGUUACCCUAGUCUCAUGCCUGCCAGUCUGGCCACUCGCCUUGCAGCUGCUUCUUGGGGCAGUGGUUUCUUCAGUUCCAUGAUGAAGUUACUUUUCAUUUCACGACUAUCCUACUGUGGGCCCAAUUUCAUCAAUCACUUUUUCUGUGAUAUUUCCCCAUUGCUCAACCUCACCUGCUCAGACAAGGAACAAGCAGAGCUGGUAGACUUCCUGUUAGCACUGGUGAUGAUCCUGCUCCCUCUGUUGGCUGUGGUCUCCUCAUAUGCUGCCAUCAUUGUAGCCAUCCUGAAGAUCCCUACUGCCCAGGGACGCCACAAAGCCUUCUCCACCUGCACCUCCCAUCUGGCAGUGGUUGUCAUCUACUACUCCUCCACUCUCUUCACCUAUGCACGCCCCCGAGCCAUGUACACCUUCAACUACAACAAGAUCGUCUCUGUGCUCUACACUGUCAUUGUGCCAUUCCUCAACCCAGGCAUCUACUGCUUAAGAAACAAGGAGAUGAAAGAUGCCUUCAGGAAAACCAUGCUGGGAAGGUGCCACCAUCCUAGGGAUGUUCCAGAUUGACACAUGACAGAUCCCAAAGAAAAAGAUUUGACUAGCAAUCACAAAAUGGCCUUAUAGGGAAGAUGAAUGCCAAUUAGUAAACACACUGUUUGGGAAUUUCCCAAUAAAUAUGAAAAUUAAUAAUUAUUGAUUAUGUACAUCCGUCACCAAACUCAGUUUGAAUUAGAUACGCAAGAGUUGCUUUAGGUGGAAGGAUUCAAAUGGAGAUUCCCUAGU